CCGCCUUCGCGGUGAGGAGGCGCCUGAGCGUGGCAGCAUCUUCCCUUGGCUCACUGGAGCAGGGAGGAGGGGCCGCCGCCGCUUGGGGAAGGAAGGGGGACAGAAGCACAAAUCCAUAUGGAGGAUGAACCUCCUCCUCAAGGAGUCGGUGCCAAGCAGGUCUUGGAGGCAACACUAUUGUCAGCCUUGAAGAUGCUGGAUGUUGGGAAAUGGCCAAUUUUUUCUCUCUGUUCCCAAGAGGAGCUCAAGUUAAUUCGUCAAGCCUGUGUAUUUGGCAGUGCUGGUAAUGAGGUGUUAUAUGCAACUGAAAAUGAUGAGGUUUUUGUGCUUGGCAUGAACUGCAGUGGGUGUUUGGGAACAGGAGACAUGCAGAGUACUAUUGAACCAAAGAGGUUAGAUUCCCUAUGUGGCAAAAAGAUAGCCUGUCUGAGUUAUGGAAGUGGCCCUCACGUUGUUCUUGCUACAGAAGAAGGAGAAGUGUAUACAUGGGGUCACAAUGCUUAUAGUCAGUUGGGCAAUGGUACAACAAAUCAUGGCUUCGUUCCCUGUCAAGUCUCUACUAACUUGGUGAACAAGAAAGUUAUUGAAGUUGCCUGUGGCUCUCAUCAUUCUAUGGUGUUAACAUCUGAUGGAGAGGUAUACACAUGGGGUUAUAAUAACUCAGGCCAGGUUGGAUCUGGUUCGACUGCUAAUCAACCAAUUCCUCGAAGAGUUACCAGCUGCCUACAAAAUAAAAUAGUAGUUAAUAUAGCUUGUGGACAGAUGUGUUCCAUGGCUGUGGUGGAAAAUGGAGAGGUGUAUGUCUGGGGUUACAAUGGGAAUGGCCAGCUUGGAUUGGGCAGCAGUGGCAACCAGCCAACGCCGUGCCGAAUCGCAGCUUUGCAGGGCAUUCGUGUGCAGCGGGUUGCCUGUGGCCAUGCACAUACAUUAGUGCUAACAGAUGAAGGUCAGAUAUAUGCCUGGGGAUCCAAUUCAUAUGGCCAGUUAGGUACUGGGAAUAAAAGUAACCAGUCUUACCCUACAUCAAUUGUUGUGGAUAAGGACAGAGUUAUAGAGAUUGCAGCCUGCCACUCUGCUAACACAUCAGCUGCCAAGACCCAGAGUGGCCAGGUGUACAUGUGGGGCCAGUGCCGAGGGCAGUCCGUGACCUUCCCCCACCUCACUCACUUUGCCUGCACUGACGAUGUGUUUGCUUGCUUUGCUACUCCUGCCGUCAUGUGGCGUCUGCUGUCAGUAGAGCCUGAUGACCACCUAACAGUAGCCCAGUCACUAAAAAAGGAAUUUGACAACCCUGAAACUGCAGACCUGAAGUUUCUAGUGGAUGGAAAAUACAUUCAUGUUCAUAAAGUUCUUCUCAAAAUUAGGUGUGAACAUUUUCGCUCCACACUGAACAGUGAUGAUGAAAUUAUAGAAAUGAGUGAAUUUUCUUAUCCUGUUUACCGAGCCUUCCUGGAAUACCUGUAUACAGACAACAUUAGGCUCCCUCCCGAAGAUGCAAUAGGGCUGCUAGAUUUGGCAACACUGUAUAGAGAAAACAGAUUGAAAAAGCUUUGUCAGCAAACGAUCAAACAAGGCAUUUGUGAAGAGAAUGCCAUUGCUCUUCUUUCUGCUGCUGUCAAAUACGAAGCUCAGGACUUGGAAGAAUUUUGCUUCAGAUUUUGCAUAAACCAUUUAACUGUUGUUACACAAACUCAAGGCUUUGCAGAAAUGGACCACGACCUCCUGAAAAACUUCAUUAGCAAAGCAAGCAGAGUGGGAGCAUUCCGAAACUGAGCUCUGACUACCACCAAGCUGAAGAGAGCGUUCUCUUCCCUCCUGGAAGCACUUCUUUGGAGAACUUCUCCUUGGUCAGAAUGUGCAGUGGUUUGGAAAGAAAGCCUCAGUAUCCAUCAGCUUAAGAAAUGUGUAAAAGUCCACUGACACGCAGGUUUUGUAAAGAUGGCUACAGCAUAGAUGUGUGGUAACUGUUCAUUGCCAACAAACAGAAUUUAACACAAAAAUCUAAUGCAGUAAGUACUCUUUCCCACUCAGAGUCAAGCAAACUAAGCUAUCAUUAUCUGCUCUGUCUGGUUUGACUUUUUUCUUUUUUUUAAACAAUGUUCAUUUGGAUUUUAUGGGACAGUAACCUGUUUGCUGCUAAAACUUUCAUAGCGUACUUUUAUCUCCAAAGUUAAUAUGCCAUAGUGGGCUUCUGUUUGUCUGGUUUAUCAUCCAGUGAAGAUCCAAACUUGGUUUUCUGAACAUAUGAUAAAGUAAUAUAAAUUCUCUAGCAUGAGAGGCUUUCUGACUGGCAGGAGGAUAUAUCUCACUUGCUGUUUAUUUGGAGUUUAUUUAUGAGGAGCUUCAGCAGGAGGUUAUCUGCUUUGAGUUUCCAGCACUUAUGUCCAUUAUUUAGGCAGAAUGAAAAGAAUCUCCCUUUCCAUUACACUGAAAACAGUUCUUGGCACCCUAGUGGGCCAGGAAGCAUUCACCAUAUUUGUCUGGAUGUGAAUUCUCAUGCUAUGAGUUUUACUACCAAGAAAAUAAUUUAGUUGCAAACCCAAACAGAAUUUCAAGAAAAGGAAGUUCUGCUUGAGGUUUAUUUACUCCUGUCUUGCUAUCUGCCUGAGAUAGACAUUCUUCAGAAAAACUGAGGAAAAGGUGGUUUUGAAGUGGUAACACGGGCCUUACCAUCAGAUCCUAAGAGUGAAACUCACAGUAGUUUCCACAAGGCAAUAAAGACACCUUGUCCAAACACAUUGUUUCAGAUUCUCCUUUGGUCAGUGCCGUGAGGUGACCAUACCACUUAGCUACCAGGCCUGUUUAGGAGAGAGAAGUUGCCCUCUGGACACGCCUUUCUCUCCCAUCACUGAUCAGCGAUGGCUAGAGUAGAGUAGAUGCUUAAUUUCUGACUGAAGUGAGUUAAGAUGAAAACCUCACCCAGUGCUGCACAGAGGAAGGUUUGCCCCAUUACAGAAGAUGUGAAGCUUAUGGAGCAUUUACUUGAAUUUUCCAAGAGGUAACUGUGAAUUAAGCCUGAGCAUUUAUUUCUCUUAAAAUUUUGACUGAGUUAAGUGACUUCAAGUGCCUUUUGCAGUAUUUUACAAAUGGGGAAGACAAGAAGCCCGAUGACAAGGCGCAGUACACUAAUACAGUCACGUGACCUUCCUGCAGAUCAAUCCUUCAACGACUUUUUCUAAUCCUUGGAUGUGGCUUCUAAGAAACUAAUUCCCUUAAAUGAUCACAUCCUCAUUUCUAAAUUAGAUAUAACUGUUCCUUACUGUAUUGGAGGCUCAUUUCUCAAACAAUCCUGUUCUUUGAGGAGGAGUAGGAAAAGGAGCAGCACAUACUCCAGAAAAGAAGAUGAGAAGUAAUAAGGUAUUGCCCCUCUUCACGCUAGACCUCAUGGGUGUGAGUUGGAAGGGUGAAGCAUGCAGACAGCAGGAUUUACUUAUAAGAGGGUGGUGACCAAACAUUUUUGAAAAUGCGGUGGUAAAUAUUUACUUGUGUUUGAGACAUUUGCCUCAGACUUUCACUAGAAAUAUAUUGGAUCAUCUAUGGCUAAAAAGCAAAUUGUGCCACCUCUGUCACCCCUCUGUGAUUAGUACAACUUCCUCCAGCAGGAUAAGUCUUUAAUUCAGCAACUGUGUCUGUAUUUUGUAUUCAAACAGAAGUGCUCAAAACCUUUCCAGUACAUCCUUUGCAGUUUCAUCAAAACUGCAACUUUGCUAGGGUCAGAGAUCAGUUUUGAUAAGUUUGUGUUGAAAAGCACUUGAUGCCAGUACACAAAUAGAGGCUAAUGCAGACAGCAAAACAGUAUCAUGGUAGGGCACAACUUUACUGCAAACCUUGUGUGCUGUAGCCCAGCACUGAUCAUACCAAAGCAUACACACAAAGGAUCCCGUGAAAGCCAAGGCAACGUAUCCCUGGUUAAGCCUGGGAUGGCUGAAGUUUCCUCUCUCCAGUUCUGGGCAUGCAAACUGCCAGACUCACCUGCCAGCACUUCCUUAGCUGCAGCAGCACACAGAACAAGGGUGUACUACCACGGCCCAGCCUUCAGGCAGCAGCUUGUACCAGACCCUGUUCCACACAGAUGGCAUUAUGAUGGCACACAACCAGUCUCACUGGGAACUGGAACCAGCUGGGCAGCCAUGCCCCUGGUAAUGGCCUUUCUGCAGUCACUCCAGUCUUCCUAAGACAUGUACUAUAAAAGGUCUCUGCAGAUGUUUCUGUUGCUUUACUUAAAGAAACAAACCAAAACUGUAAAUAUGAAAUGAUGGGUUUUUUUGACUCAACAUCUAAUCAAAAACAUUCUCUGGCUCCCUGGAGAUACUACUCCAUGGAAUGAUAGUGCUGGAGAGGAAUACCACUCUCCUGCAUUGCCUCAAGUUCAUAACUCAGUAGUUGAAUACUUACUGCAAUCAAAAUGAUGUGCUACUUGAAACAAGGCAUUUUUACUUAACAUAAACAAUAGUGCCAUUUUUUUCCAAUUUAUUUCCUUCCUGCUCAUAAUUUCCAAAUGACUGUACACAAUAAAGCCUAGAUGCAAUUUCAGAGUAAUUGACAAAGCCUGUAAUCUUGAGAAAAAGCAUCUCUGGAUUGAAUGAGGGUGAUCCUAAAGUCUCAGUGUGUCAGUGUUGGCAUUUAUACAUACCAUCUGUAUCAUCUGACCUGGAUGUGAUAGUGUUACAUUCAUAGAGACAGUUAUUUAUUUAAACUUUUGUUGCAUGCACUUUCCUGGGCACUUAAAGCUCAAUGUUUAAAAAACGUACUGGCUUAGGUGGUUAAAUGUGGAUGCAUGUAUGUAAAUAUGUGCUUGAAACCUAACCAUGGGAAUUCAGAAGGAAGUAGGGAUGCGUUUUACCAUUGUGAGAUAGUCUGCAUCAAACACAUUGUGUUUGUGGAUCUCGCUGGGUAAAUUUAAGACACCACAGAAAAAAGGUAUUUAUUAAGAAGUGAAAAUAUGGUCAAGCAUAAACUGUGUCUGGGGUUUAAAUUAAGAGCAGUGUUCCACUUUGCAGAAAGGGAGUCAAAUGGAAUUUGAAAGAAAAAGAAAUUACAGAUGGAGGGUCAUUUAAAGGUUCACCUAAGUUACUGAAGUUACAAGCCAGCACUGCGUUGUCAUAUAGUACCCAGCUGUAGAGUUUUGUUAUAAUGCCUGAUAACUACAUAAACUGCUGGUUUUAGAUCAUCUGAACAAUUUCCAUGGGCUUUCCUUGUAAAACAAAGCAUUUACUUACCCCACAGAGGCAGGACUCAUUGUCCAAAGGAGUGCAAUGGAGAUGGUGAAGGGCCUUGAGGGGAAGGCAUAUGAGGAGCAGCUGAGGUCACUUGGUCUGUUCAGCCUGGAGGAGACUGAGGGGAGACCUCACUGCAGUUACAACUUCCUCAUGAGGGGAGGAGGAGGGGCAGGCACUGAUCUCUUCUCUGUGGUGAUCAGUGACAGGACCUGAGGGAAUGGCCUGAAGUUGUGUCAGGGAGGUUUAGGUUGGAUAUUAGAGAACGAUUCUUCACCCAGAGGGUGGUUGGGCACUGGAACAGGCUCCCCAGGGAAGUGGUCACAGCACCAAGUCUGACAGAUUUCAAGAAGCAUUUGGACAAUACUCUUGGGCACACGGUAUGACUCUUGGAGAUGGUCCAGUGCAGGGCCAGGAGUUGGACUCAAUGAUCCUUUGGGUCUCUUCCAACUCAGCAUAUUCUGUGAUUCUGUAAUGAUGUAAAAAGUUUACAGCCUGAACAUAAAUAUAUGUUUUGAAUUUUUGUUUCUUUAUAAACUUACCUGGUUUAAUAGAUCAUUAAUAAAAAUGCCAUAAUAAUUAAAA